AGAGGAAGGUUAAACGAAGAGCAUUGCAGGCGGAGACUACAAUCCCAGAAGCCUUUGGGCACACCUGGAAAAGGCAGCCGCUUCCUGAAAAGCCGAGACUGGGAAUCCUUAGCGUCAACAAGAGGAGGAAGAGAAAUCGGAUGCUUGAAAAUUAAGUCCCUCGAGCGUGGGAAGGGGAUCUAUUAGAAUUGUUCUACUACUUGCAAGAGUUCUGCUGUUAUUCUGGAUUGGGUUAAAUCUCUUGGAGGCAUUUUUAUUGGCUAAGAUGGGUUGCCGUGAUGUCCAUGCUGCGACAGUCCUCGCCUUCCUUUCUGGUACAGCUGCCUUAUCUGGACUUAUUGCUGCGGCUCUGCUGCCUAACUGGAGACAGAUGCGACUCUUCACCUAUAACAAGAAUGAAAAGAAUGUGACCGUGUACACUGGACUCUGGAUUAAGUGUGUUCGCUUUGAUGGCAGCAAAGACUGCGUCAUCUACGACACCGAGUGGUACACAGCAGUUGACCAGCUGGAUUUACGCGUCCUCCAGUUUGCUGUCCCCAUAAGCAUGUUAACCACUGUCUUGGCUCUGUUUCUCUGUUUGAUUGGCAUGUGUAAUACCGCCUUCAUAACCACUGUGCCCAACAUCAAGCAGGCCAGAUGUCUCAUAAACAGUGCGGGCUGCCAUCUUGUGGCUGGCCUCUUCUUUCUUCUUGCAUGUGUCAUUUGCCUGACGCCAUCUAUCUGGGUCAUCUUUCAUAACCAAGAACUGAACAAGAAAUACGAACCAGUUUUUUCCUUUGACAUCUCCGUGUUUAUUGCCAUUGCCAGUGCAGGAGGCUUAUUGUUUACAGCCAUCCUCUUAUUCCUUUGGUAUUGUGCAUGCAAAACGCUUCCUUCCCCUUUCUGGCAGCCUCUGUAUCCUCAUGCGCCCAGUGUGCAUAGCUACGCCUCCCAACCUUAUUCUGCAAGGUCACGCCACUCUGCCAUUGAAAUUGACAUUCCUGUUGUUACACACGCUUCCUAAAUGAUAAGCUGGAGAAGCCAAACACCUGCUCGUUCUCUCCUUUGCCAAGGCACUGCAAGUGAAGUGUUUUCCCCAUUCCCUCAGAGACAUCUAAAAAUGUUUUACAAGGCUAGGUGGAAAAAAUUUGCUAUUGUAAAUUGAUAGCUUUUCCAAUUUCUCUAUCUAGGAAUACUGCAGAGAUAGGAAUGUAGUUAGGUAAGUGAGCCAUAAUAUUAGAAUUCUACUUGUUUUGGUAUUGAAGCUGUUCACAAGUUUCUAGUUCUCAUUAAAACUGGUGGCAUGUGAAUUCAUAGAUAAAUUAAAGAUUGGGACCUUUUUGCUUUUUUAUAUUUUGAACUAGUUUCUGGCAUGAAUUGUACUACUGGGGGAAAAAAACAUGCCUGCUGGUGUUUGUAACCCAGUGCAUGAAACUUUCAUUUUUAAGUACUUAUUGUCAGUCCAAAUUUUUACCUAAUUCAAAAAUACCUGGGCUAUAACAGUGUUUACCGAUAGCCAUUUUUUUGCUUGUUUAGAAACAUUUGUUUUGUUUAAUUAUUAAAAGAAUCACCUUUAAAUAAAAAGAAACAUGUAUAUAAGCAGCAUUGUUCAAUAUAAUAAAAACUGAAAGCAAAAAGUGAACAUCAACAAUAUUUGUGACUUUCCAGAAAUUUACACCUAAUCUAAAACAACCAGAUUUUAGUAAGAUCAUUCAAAGAUAGCCAUUUUGUACUUUCUGAAAAUGAUAAACUUGGGGAUUUUGAUUAUUCAUUGUAAUAAUUUCCCCCAUUGCAAUAGCAUAGCCUGCAGUUGCUUUUAGGUUUAGGUGAUAUUUCUUAAAGGCUACAUCUUUCUCUUUUUAAACAGGAAGUGACCAGAAUCCAUUUACAAUUAAAUUUUAUAUAGUACAAUACCGA